UGGGCUCCCCGGCCUCGUGCAUGGACCUGGAGCUGUUCGGUGCCGAGGAUGAGCCCCUGGGGCCGCUGGACCGCGAUGAGGCCCUGCUGGGCUCCUACCCCGUCAGCGACGGCUGCCGCCUGCACUCAGCAGUGGGUCCUUUCUGUCACCUGGGUCACCUCCCUGUUACCUCCAUUGUCACCUCCAUUGUCACCUCUGUCACCCGUUGUACCUCUGUCACCUCCAUUGUCCUACCCCGCAACAGCUGCCGCCUGCACUCCUCUCAAUGUCCCCUCAAUGUCCCCACAGAGUCCAUGCGCUCGUUCCUGCGCCAGCGCUCGUGGGGCCGCUGGGAUCAGGAUCGGGAACGGGAACGGGAGCGGGAGCGGGAGCAGCGCCGGGCGCAGGAGGCGGCGGCGGCGGCGUCACUCCCGGUGGGCGCCCGGUGUGAGGUUCGGGUGCCGGGCCAGCCGUGCCGCCGGGCCACCAUCGCCUUCGUGGGUGCGUUUGUCACCCUUUUGUCACCCUUUGUCACCCACU